ACAUCUUGGGUUUCACUGUCCUGGGGCUAAGCUGCCAAGACGCGGGUUAAGUUCCAGUAUUGGUGGCGGAGGCGAGGCAGUGUUUCGCGAGCAAUUUGCUUAAUGGUGGAUGGGAGUUAAAAAUGCGUGUGCUAUGACGUGAUUUAUCAGCCAGAGCCACGGGGACGAUAUGAAUAAUCAAUCGGGGCUUUAUUAGUAAGUGAAAACUACGAGAGGAUGUGUUUCCUGUGUGUGUGUGUGUUCGGCGGGUACGCGACAACACACCAGCUUGGAGUGAGUGGUCGUACCUCAGAGUAACAACACCACUCAUAACUCAAAGGACCUUAGCACUCGCUCAUCACCAAGGAGUCCCACCAACACCACCACCAUGUCGGACGUUUUCUCAGGUAUCAAGCACUACCUGCUGAAGACGAACGAAAUCUCUAUCGACAACAACACCUUCAAGUUGCACUACAAGGCCACCACCUUUGUGCUCAUCGCGUGCAGUCUCUUACUCACGCAGAAACAUUACUUCAGCGACCCAAUAGAUUGCUACAUGAGCAGCGGGUUGGUGGGCCCAGACGUCCUAGACACCUACUGCUGGAUCGCCGACGUCUACACAGUGCCUUCUCUGCUGCACAAGCAGAUCGGAGUGGAAACUGCUCACCCAGGCAUCGGCAAAUCCACCUCCAACGAUGAGAAAAGGUACCACCGAUACUACCAGUGGGUGACUCUCUUCGUCUACUUACAGGCACUCCUGUUCUACGUGCCCCGCUUCAUCUGGAAGAACUGGGAAGGCGGCAAGGUGAAAAUGCUGGUGGCGGAACUCAACACGCCUAUCGUGGACGAGGAGGUGAAGAAAAAACGCCUGGAGACGCUAGUCAACUACUUCAACAUCAACCUGCACCACCACAAGAUCUACGCCGCCAAGUACAUCGCCUGCGAGAUGUUCAACUUCGUUAACGUCAUCCUACAAAUAUUCUUCACUGACAUGUUCCUCGGCUAUGAGUUCCUCAAGUACGGGAGGGAAGUGUUGAAUUUCACUGGCCAGGACAUCGGGACGCGAACCGAUCCCAUGGACCGCGUGUUCCCCAAGGUGACUAACUGCUACUUCUUCCAUAUGGGCAAGAGCGGCACCCUCGAGGAGCACACCACGAUGUGCGUCAUGCCACUUAACAUUCUCAACGAGAAAAUCUUCAUCUUCCUCUGGUUCUGGUACAUCAUCGUGGCCGUGCUGACAGGCAUGGGCAUCAUAUACCGCCUGGUCACGCUGUCCCCCUUCGUGAGGAAGAUGCUGCUGCGGGCCAGGUCUCGACUCACCCCCUCUGUGGCCGUGGAUCAGGUGAUCAGCAAGUGCCAGUAUGGAGACUGGUUCAUCCUCACUUACCUCGCCAAGAACAUGGACCCUCUCAUUCUCAGGGAUUUCAUGAUGGAGCUGGGCAAGAAGUUCAAGGGCGUGGAUGAUUAGAAUCACAAGGCCAUCAUCUACAAGGGUCUCGUCUCCCGACCCUCGCCUCAACGCUACUCAACAGAAAACGGAGAUGAGCUUACCUUGCGCUGUGCUGUCUGUCCCUCGCGUCCUUUCUGGUGACUAAGAAAGGGGAAGAAAGAUUAGUUAUGCCACAUUUCCAUUCUUAGAGAGAGAGAGAGAGAGAGAGAGAGAGAGAGAGAGAGAGAGAGAGAGAGAGAGAGAGAGAGAGAGAGAGAGAUUGUUUACUUCUUCCUUCCUUCUCUUUCUUCCUUAUUCGCUCAAAAGGGAGAGAAUGAAAAAAAGACGACUACUAUGUCACUCCUUCCUUCUUUUCUUUUUUCCUUCACUCUUCCUUCCUCUAAAUUAAUAAUAAUUGUAGCAUCAAGUUUUGUAUAUAGAUGUAAUACUUGUGAAAUGUUACGUGUCCAUGUGUGUGUGUGUGUGUGUGUGUGUGUGUGUCACUAUGGAAUUCAUCUUAAGAUAAAAUGUGAUAGUUGUUAUUAAAGAAAACUAAGAAAAAGUGUAAUGUUAUGUAGAUAUUGUAAUUUUCUUUUUUUCUGUUUACAUUCCUUGUGUGUUUCCAGAGACGUGUAUACAAACAUUCCAGAGAUUAUUGUAUUUUUUUUUUAUGAACGUUUAAUAAAUAUUCAAGCGCUAAU